GGGAGGGGAUGGAGAUUAGGAACGAUAUCAGUCCGAGGGUUUGGAGUAAACUUAGUAUAUGUGCCUAGGUAAGUAUUCUGAUUAUGUAGUAGCUUUCUAUAUAAUGCUUCAUGCUCCACCAAAUCUGUGCUUACGGUAAUCAUUUCGAUUGUAUGUUUGAUAAAUCGUCUUCGCGAAGCGUGAAUACAAGCAUGACGGCCGAGGAAACCAUUCCAAAGGACACCAACUCGGAACUAUGGCGAACGUUGGUUGCCAAAAAACAGAUAGGAAUUGAACAACAAAUUCCAGCCGACUGGCGCUUGCCUAAGGAGUUCAACGACUCUCUAUUCGAAGAGAAAAAGACUGCCGGAAUAAACCUUAUUGCAGCAGAUAUCCCCCGCAGAAGUGGUUUACUGUCUGAAUCCGAGCUUGACAUUACCGAAAACUACACGGCUACUGCCCUUUUGGAGCUGCUUGCGUCGGGGAAGUUCAGUUCGGUGGAAGUAACCACAGCGUUUUGUAAAAGGGCGGCGAUUGCGCAGCAAUUGAUAUCGUGCUUGACCGAAACAUGCUUCCCUAAGGCGAUCGAACGAGCUGCAUUCUUGGACGAAUACUUGGCCAAAACUGGAAAGCCUUUUGGGCCUCUGCAUGGAUUGCCAAUUAGUGUGAAAGACAGCUUCAAGGUCAAAGGAUUGCAGUCUACGAUAGGUUACGUUUCGUUUUUGACGCAUCCUGCCGAGACCUCGAACUCUCCUUUGAUUGAUAUUCUGUUGAACCUCGGAGCCGUCAUUUAUGUUAAAACGAACAUCCCUCAAACGAUGAUGACAGGAGACUCAGAAAACAACAUUUUUGGGCGUACCUUGAAUCCCCAUUCUACAAGUUUGACUGCAGGAGGUUCCAGUGGUGGCGAAGGUGCACUAGUUGCAUUCAGAGGCUCUAUUCUUGGAGUAGGGACUGAUGUCGCAGGCUCGAUCCGAAUUCCAUCGUUGUGUUGCGGCGUGUACGGAUUCAAACCAACUGCUGACCGUAUUCCAUUCGGAGACUCAAAGUCGGAAUUAGCAACGGGAUAUCCGGGCAUUGUUGCAUCAGCAGGACCUUUGGCGCAUAACCUAGAAGAUAUAAAGAUAAUCAUGGACACCGUGCUAAGCGCACAUCCGGAGGACCUUGACGUGACAGCUAUUGGUGCUCCAUGGAGCUACCGAUUCGAAAAGACCGGACAAGAAAAGUUGACGAUUGGGGUGCUAUGGGAAGAUCCUUCCUUUCCUCUCCAUCCACCUGUUCGCCGCAAUCUUGAAUCAGCCAUAUCGGCUUUGCAGAAAAAGGGCCAUAAAAUCGUCCGGCUGAUUGCAACAGAAAGCUGUAGUGUAGCUUAUGGCAAUCGUCUUGCAUUUCAGUACUUUACUUACGUCCCGCAAAAAGAUCACAUUGCAGCUAGUGGAGAGCCCCCUAUCACCUCAGUGGCUAAGAGGUCGCAUCCUAUGUACACUGGUCCUCCCCCUGUUGACCCUGAACUGGACUUUGGGAACAAGCUAGCUGCGCUGGCUAGAGCAAGAUUUCGAUAUAUGGAGUCCUGGAGGCAGCUAUGGGUCGAUAAUCAUCUUGAUGCUAUUCUCACACCUGGAGCACAGAAUACUGCCGUACCGCACGACACAUAUGGCUGGCCACCAUAUACACUGGUGUGGAAUGUCCUUGACUACCCUGCUUGCAUUAUCCCUUACGGAGAGGCAUCUAAAGAGCUGGACCCGGAACCGAUGACUAUAAAUGACGGCGUUCAGCCAUCUUAUAAUCCGGAAGCUGUCGAUGGUGCACCGUGUGCUCUACAAGUCAUCACUCGAAGAUUCCAGGACGAGAUGUGUUUGUAUGUCUCAGAGAUUAUAGAUAGAGAUAUAAAAGAUAGUUCUUGAGAGAUAUUUUAUUCGGAUGCUGCAAGAAAGCAAGAAUAUGCGCUUGGGAUGCGAUAUCAAUCAGUCCAUGGAUGUGACUGCGACGCUGAGACGCCAGUGGCUUUGUUGGGAUCAAUUAUUGUAUCUGUUAUCUGAUACCGGAUAUUCCAUUUGUACUUCAGCACCAUUUUAAUUAGUUAACUUA